AUGGGGGCCAACCGCUCGGCCCAGGAAGUCAUUGCGGCGCUGAAGCUCGCCCCGCACCCGGAAAAGGGCUACUUCGUCGAGACAUUCCGUGACCCGGCCACGUCGGCGUCGGCGUCGGCGGACGGCAGCGGCGACAACCGGUCCAACAGCACGUGCAUCUACUACCUGCUCGAGGGCGAGUCGGGGCUCUCGCAUUGGCACCGCGUGCUGGACGCGGUCGAGGUUUGGCACCACUACGCCGGGGCGCCGCUGCAGUUGUCGCUGGCCUGGAACGACGGGUCCGCCGUGCGCGACGUGGUACUGGGCAAGGACCUAUGGGCCGGCGAGCGGCCCCAGAUCGUCGUGCAGCGCGGCGAGUGGCAGCACGCACGCAGCCUCGGCGACUGGACUCUCGUCGGCUGCUCCGUCGCCCCGGCCUUCACCAUGGAGGCCUUUGAGAUGGCCCCCCCGGGCUGGGAGCCCAACGCGACCCCCAGAGCUUAG